GGGAUCAUCGAUGAGAAGCGUUCGUGAAGAAUCAACUACUACAAAGACUAGUUCCGGAAGUGCCUGGGAAAGAGUGUGAAGUAAAAUUCUCCCUCGGGUGUAAAGACAAGACACAAGAAGUCCAGACAAGAGUGAAGUGUUGUGAAUUCGCGUUUGGUGUUUACCACCCUCUGUGCAGUGAAAGUGCUUUUGGUGUUUAGUGAAAGAAGAAUCGCCCAGUCGACUAUUGUUCAAUUGGUUUCCUUCUUCGGUCAUUGAAUCGCGUGUGCAAAUAGAAAAGAAAGGAAAGAAGAGCUGUUAUUUUUUUUGUCUGCAAUGGGUAAGUUGAUAUGGCAUUAUCUUUUUAAAGAGGCAUUUUAAUGGAGUUUGUCUUUUGUGUAUCGAAAUUAUAUGUUUAAAUGGUUACUCGUAAAUGUUUUGUUUUUGAUGAGUAGAGAAUUUUAUAAUAGUAUUUUCAACCUUUAGAAAGCACGCAUCAGUUGUAAAUUGAGUCAAUAAGUAUUGCUCUUUGUGACUAAUAUUCUUUUGCCAAUAAGUAUUUAGCAAAUUUUUUUUAUAUACUGCAUUAAGUAUGGUUAUGUGUUAAGCUGCAACAGAUUAUUUAAGAAAUGCUUAAUUUACUUUAAUUUUUUUUCCUAUGUUGCUAAUGGUACGUAUUUUAUGUCAUACAUACCAUAAAUUGCAUUGCUAUGUUGUUUUACUGUAGUAUUUCUGGAUAGUGUGAAACUUUCAGAGUAGACAAACUGGUACCUUUAGUUUUAUUUUAUUGUAUCAUUUUAAAAUUUUGUCACUGGCAAAAUGUCAUAUCUUGGCAAGGGUAGAAAGCAAGACCUCAUAAAUCUGUCUGUAGAAUUAGGUCUAGAAGUUCCCCCAAAUGCAAAAAUACAAGAUCUUAAAAACCUCAUUGUACAGAGCCCUCAGUAUGACGAAAAAUUCGUCGAGGCAACACUAGAGUCGAUUAUCGAAGCGCGAAUCGAACAACAUAGACUCGAAGAAGCCGAAGAGCGUAAACUUGAAAGGGAAAGGGAGAGAGAAUUUGAAUUAGAACGUCUAAGGUUGACAAACGCCAAUAAUGGCAGAGAAAAUUCUCAAAAUAAUAUUCCGAGAUCUAUGAGAGAUUUGCAAAAUUUAAUGCAGAGAUAUAAUCCCGAAUCAUCGGAUAUUUCGCUUUACUUAGCGAUGUUUGAGCGUCAGGCUCGCAAAGCGAAGGUAGAGGAAGGAGACUGGGUGUCACAUUUGAUGGCUCUAUUGCCAAUGGACAUUGUUUCUAUUAUUCUACGAGAGCCGGAACAGGAGCUAGAUAAUUACUCCUACGUAAAGAAAAUUCUUUUGCAGCGGUUUAAGUUGAACCCAGAGGCGUUCCGCGUCAAAUUUGUUCAACACCAGCGUCGUGCGGGUAGUUUAUAUAAAGACUUUGCUUUUGAGUUAAAAAACUAUCUAGAUGAAUGGUUAAACGGAGUAGACGUACGAGAUUUCGAUGCGCUAAAAGACUUAAUGUUGACGGAUCAAAGUAAACGUCGAGUAAACAGCGAAAUUCGCGAACACUUCGUGGAUGAGUGGCCGAGUAUAAUAUCUUCUGCCGAACUAGUGAAGAAAUUAGAUGAAUAUAAAGCAGUACGAAAGAAAAAAGGAGAAUUUUCAGAUCGAGUACGUCGCCAUGAUAAUGUUUCAAAAGAAAAAACUGCGGAGAAAUGGAAGUCAGGUGUUUUCGAAAAACGGAGAAUACCUAGAUGUUAUGAAUGUAAUUCAGAUAGUCAUCUCCGACCUCAGUGUCCUCGGUUAAAAAGACAAAAGGCCGCUGAAGCUGUAAACAAACUAGGCACUUCAGAAUCUCCAGAUACAUGGCUAGCUCCCUAUAUGAGUAUAGCGAGAGUAAAUAAUCGAGAAAUGCCUGUACUCCGAGAUACUGGCUCCACUAUCGAUCUGAUCGGAUGGGACCAAGUAACACAUCAGAUGCUUCUAGGAGAGACAGUGUGGGUUAAGCAGCCGCUAGAUUUACAUCCCUGGUGUUUACCCUUGGCUCGAAUUGAAUUAGAGGGAGAGGACUUUGGGAAAGUCAUUACUAAAGCCGCAGUGAUUAGCUCCGACCUGAAUCAAGAAUAUUAUCUGCUGGGAAAUCGAACAGCCCGAUUGAUAGAACAGAAUAAAAUGCAGCCCCAUAAAAUCAAUGCUGUUAUGACUCGCAGUCAAACGAAAGCUUGCAGCAGGAAAGAAAAUUCCCCUAGCCAAGGUCCAGAGAACAAAGAAGUUGAGCGCCCCGCGGGGCGAAUGAAUGACGAGGAGGAGGGUGAAAUUUUCCCCGUCCAGUCAGCUAACGUCCGAGGCAAAGAAAGGGUGAAGUGUCCUCACCGUUCGGAGAACAGGUCAAGAAAUGGACAAAUCAAGAUAACAAAAGCGGUCAUUAACCCACGAAGUGCAUGGACUUCUUUAGAUUUACGAAGAAAGCGAAACAUUUCUAAGAAAAAAACGCUGGUCCGUCAGGACGAAUUUUUGUCUGGAAUCCCGGAAGAAAGAACUCGGAAAGAAAGAAGUGCAGGAAGACCCCCGGAGCGUUUCCAUUCACGAUGUGCUGUUCGGAAAUCUGAAACUGAACAUCGAAAUCGAACAGAUCACUGGCAAAGUAGUUUUUCAAGAUAG